UCUCAAAUUCGAGGAUUUUUUGAGCGGGGACUAACAGAAAAAAAAUCAGAGGUUUAAUUCAUUGUUGAUCACUGUUGGUCAAAAUUCACAAUGACAUGUUAAAAUCAGUCUUUUUAGCGGAAAAUGGCCGCGGAAACAUCUACGAUGAGAGCGGUAUGAAGCCAUGGAUAUUAUAGAUGAACCAGCUGACCCAUUUGCCAUUAAGCAACUAGUCAGUCUUGAUUCGUACCUGAAAAAUUGUCCUACGCCUAAAGAAGUUCAGUAUCAGCAGAAUAACAAUGAGAGGGAAACAUCCGUGCGUAAGAGCUCUGAACCCUAAAUAUCGUGAUUAUAGUCUCUCCACCAGAGAGCUU